GCGCGCUUCAGCCCGGACGGCAAGCACCUCGCUCUCGGAGCCGAUGACGGCACCGUCCGCGUCGCCGCCACGGGCGCCGCGCGCGAGCACCGGACGCUCGAGCAGCUCUCGGUGGUCCCGGGCGCGACCCGCACCUACUCGGACCACGCCAAGGCGAUCAACGACGUCGACUUCCACCCUCGCUCGCCGGUGCUCGUCUCUGCGUCUGCAGACUGCACGAUGCGCUUCUUCGACUACGCCUCGGGCGCGCCGCGCGCCUCGCGCCAGUGCACCGACACGCACGCGGUGCACGCGGUCGCCUUCCACCCGUCGGGCGACCACCUGCUCGCCGCCACAGAGCACCACGCCAUCCACCUGUACGACGCGGCAACCUUCCGCUGCUACCUCGCGCCGCAGCCGAGCGACCACCACCUAGCGCCCGUCGCGGACGCUCACUGGUCGGCGGACGGCUCGCUCUUCGCCUCGUGCGGCGGCGACGCCAUCAAGGUGUGGGACGGCGUGACGAACCGCUGCGUCCGCACGAUCGCCUCGGCGCACCUGGGCGCGCCGGUCAACACGCUCUGCUUUGGGGGCGGGGGGAGGACGCUGCUCUCGUGCGGCGCCGACUCGUGUGUGCGGCAGUGGGACGUGGGCAGCGGCAAGCUGCUCCGCGUCUUUGAGGGCGCGCAGCAGACGCGACGGACGGCCUGCUGCUUCUCGCACGAUGAGGCCCUCGUGCUCUCGUCGGACGAGAAGACGGGGGAGCUGGUGGCGUGGGAGGCGAGCACGGGCGCGCAGCAGGCGCGCUACGCCGCGCACUCGAUGCCGGUGCGGUGGCUCGCGCACUCGCCCGUGGAGGCGGUCGCGGUGAGCUGCGGCGACGACGGACUCGUCCACCUUUGG